AUGUCCUUGUCCUCUCCAUUUGUUUUCAGUAGUACAGCCAAUAAGUUCACCGCAUUUGGUUGUGACACUUCUGCCGUCAUCAGGGGAGGCAAUUUCAUCAAAGGACAAAGUAAUCAUAACAACACAACUGGAUGUAUGUCUUUGUGUGAUGACAAUGAAGAUGUCGAGGAUCGUUCGUGUUCGGGUGUCGGGUGUUACGAGAUUUCCAUACCGGCUGGAGCUCGGAGUAUCGAUCUCACUGUGGACAGCUUUUACAACCACCGUUACUUGUCGGGUUUCAGUCCUUGCAGCUACGGCUUUGUUGUUGAGGACGCGGCUUUUGGCUUUUUCGUCGAUAAUCUUACCAAUGUAGACAAGAAGUCGAGCGUCCCUGUCGUGGCCGAUUGGGUUGUUGCGUAUGAGAAAUGUGAAGUGGCUAAGAAUGAUGUCGACUCUUACGCUUGCAAUGCGGAACAAAGUCGGGGUUAUGAUCCGGAUGGGGAUCUAGGUUAUCGAUGCAAAUGUGAGGAUGGUUUCGAGGGAAACCCGUAUCUCCCUGAUGGUUGCCAAGAUAUCAAUGAAUGUGCGGAUCCAACUCUUCAUAAUUGUGCAGAUAAUAGUAUCUGCAAUAACACUUUGGGGGGUUAUACCUGCAUGUGUAAUCAAGGAUUCCAUGGGGAUGGAAGAAAAAAUGGAGUGGGAUGCAGUCUUGUUGAACAGUCGGAUAAGAAAAAAUUUUGGCAGCCAGUCGUUGGUGUCAGCGUUGGGUGUUCAAUUCUUAUGGCUUUGUCCAUUUGUUUGUAUUUUGAAAUGAUGAGAAGAAAAGCAAAUAGAAUGAAGGAGGAGUUUUUCAGAAAAAAUGGUGGACUAAUUUUACUGCAAAAAAUCUCUGGAGAAGGAAACACUUAUAGUACUAGACUUUUUACUGUUGAAGAAUUGCAAAAGGCAACAAAUCACUUUGAUGAAAGAAAUAUCAUCGGUCGAGGUGGAUUCGGGAUAGUUUUCAAAGGAGAAUUGAUGGACAAGACUAAAGUGGCCAUUAAGAAAUCCAGAGGAGUUGAUCGACAUCAAGUUGAGCUGUUCAUAAAUGAGGUAAUUAUUCUUUCCCAAAUCAACAAUAGGAAUGCUGUCAAGCUUCUUGGUUGUUGCCUAGAGACAGAAGUUCCAUUACUUGUGUAUGAAUUCAUUGAAAAUGGAACACUUUCUGAGCAUUUGCACAACAAAUUCAAAGCAACAAAACUUUCUUGGAACAUUCGCUUGCGGAUAGCCUCAGAAGUGGCCGGAGUGCUCUCAUAUUUGCACUCGGUCGCCUCUCCUCCAAUUAUCCACAGAGACAUCAAAUCUGCAAAUAUACUUUUGGAUCAAAACUUCACUGCAAAAGUAGCCGAUUUCGGGAUAUCAAGGUUGCUCCCUGCAGAUGGACAUCAAGUGUCUACAAUAGUGCAAGGUACUUGCGGCUAUUUAGACCCCGAGUACAUGCAAAGAGGCCGAUUGACUGAGAAGAGCGAUGUUUACAGUUUUGGGAUUGUCCUGAUAGAAAUUUUAACAGGAAAGAGAGUGAUGGAAUCAGACAAACCCGAAACAGAUAUUUUUUUAUCGAAUCGUUUCCUUUCUUCUUUGAAAGAGGGUAAUGUGGUUCAACUUUUCGAUAGUAACAUAUGUUGCAAUGACAAUAUUGACCAGCUAAUGGAAGUUGCUAAGAUAGCAGAAAGGUGCAUAAGUGUAAAAGGAGCGGAUAGACCAUAUAUGAAAGAUGUAGCAAGGGAUCUUGAAGCAUUGGGAAUUGAGGCUCAGAGAUUUCUGGUUCAAGCUUUAAAGAUUGAGUCCAUGGAAAAUGAAGCCUUGAUUUCUAUGGAAAGUAAGGGAUUCGAGUGUAGAAAUGAUUCUUCUCCCAAUGAGUUAUAUUCAUAUUGCUAUUCAUUAACAGAGGAAAUAUUGUUGCAACAAGAUGGUACUAGUUUGCAUAGUGAAUCCAUAGUACUUUAUGGACUGGAGAUUAAGUAUUGGCACUUAAAUUCACUAAGUCGAUUGGUUAGUACCAUUGGUACCCCCAUCCUUGCUGAUGAUUUCACUGUCAGUAAGAAUAGAGCUCAGUACGCCAGGAUUUUAGUAGAAAUGGAAUUGAGUGAGACCGUUCCUGAUAAGCUGGUGUUUGAAGAUGAGUUGGAAAAUGUGGUUGUGCAGAAGAUAAUAUAUGAAUGGAAACCAACAAAGUGUAGCCAUUGUUCUGAUCACGGGCAUGAGAGUACUCAAUGCAGGAGAAAAGAGAAGAGGGUAGAGAACAAAAAUAAGCAACCAGUUAGUGCUUGGAAGGAAGUGGUAAAAGGAGGAGAUAAUAAGGUUGGGACUGUGGCGAAAGGGGUGGUCACUGAUAAGGUUGCCUCUGCGGCGAAUACUCAAUCAGAGGGAUCUCAAAAGGGGGCAAACAAGGUGGACCAUCAUUUAAAACCUCAUAAAGCAAGUGAGGAGGUUAGUAGAGGUAGGGUUGUCUCUGGUGAAGUUUCAAGUCCUGUCAUUACAUGGAGUCCAGAUGUUGAUCAGAGGAUGUUGAUUGCGGAGUUAGUAACUGUGGGGGAACUAAAUGGAAAAGGUUGUAUAGAUGCAGGAACAAGAACAGGGUUGGUGAUUGAUCCGGGACCUAGUCCUCAUGUCCUAAAUCUUAACAUGGAAUUGGAAUUAAAGGACCUUGAGGAAUUUCAGUAUUGUAUAGAGGAGUGUGGAAUCAGUGAACUGAGACAGUUUGGGAAAGUAUUUACUUGGUGCAAUCAAAGUAUGGGGAAAGAUAGAAUCUACUGCAAGCUUGACUGGGUGCUAGUAAAUGGUGAUUGGAUUGAGGAGAACUUAGAUUCAGUAGUAGAAGUGCAGAUGGAUGGCAUCUCUGAUCAUACUCCCCUGGUGUUGGAUCUGAUUGCAGAAACACCUCAAAAACCUAAGCUGUUUCGAUACUUCAAUAUGUGGAGUCAAGCCCCAUCUUUGUUGAGAGUAGUACAGGAUAGCUGCAGUCAUCAAGUACAGGGUACCAAAAUGUUCCAGGUUUGCUCCAAACUGAGAAGACUGAAGAAGGAGCUAAAAAUCUAA